AUCCUUUACUACUUCAUCCUUGACUACAGUUCAUCAACAGAGUUCCACCGACUGACAUACAAAUUUUUCCGUCUCUCUCACUUUCUUCCCUUUAGUCUACGCCCUCUCUUUUUUUUUCAAAAGAUUACGAAGUAUCCCUAAACGGACGCAUCCCCGAAAUAAGCCCCUGGAUACCACUACCCACCGCCCCCCAGGAUCUCUAGAGCCUAAUAUCAAGACCACCGCGGCGGAUACAACUCCUUUACGGGAAUAGCUAUUCUCCAGGUUUAAGUUUAUGGCGGCGACAUGGGCGGGUGCCCCGAAGAUUAGAGGCCCAUCGGACCCGGUUCGCAUGGUGUUGUUGACUGUGUGUCUUUCCGGAGUUCAGCUUGUAUGGGGUAUCGAAAUGGCCUACUGCUCACCCUAUCUACUAUCGCUUGGCCUCACCAAAUCGCUAAUGAGCCUGGUAUGGAAUAUUGGCCCUCUUUCAGGCCUGAUAACCCAGCCGGUUGUUGGUGCCAUUGCGGAUAGGUCUCGCUCACACAAAACAGGAAGGAGACGCCCAGUUAUGGUGGUUGGAGCUACUGCUGUUGCAAUGGCGUUAAUUUCACUGGGUUGGACAAAGGAGAUCGUUGGGCUAUUCUUUUCUCCUGGAGAAACAGCAAACACGUGCACAAUUCUCCUUGCGAUUCUGUCAAUAUAUCUAGUGGAUUUUGCUAUUAAUGCCGUCCAGGCUUGUUGCAGAGCUCUCAUCGUUGAUACCCUGCCUAUUCCUCAGCAACAACACGGAAGCGCUUGGGCCAGUAGAAUGAUCGCGGUAGGAAACAUUGCUGGUUACUUUGCGGGUACAAUUGACCUUAUGUCAAUCUUCGGUGCUACUAUCGGCGAUACUCAGUUCAAACAGCUGAUGGUACUUGCAUCUAUUUCACUCAUGUCUUGCGUACUUAUAACUUGCUUUUCUGUAGAAGAGCGGGUGCUUUUAACUCGAAGGAAAUCCGAUGGAGGUUCGACCGCGCUUCAAGUUUUCGCUCUUAUCUGGAAGACAAUGUGGCAUCUCCCGACUGGGAUAUGGGAUAUGUGUGUGGUUCUUUUCUGGGCCUGGAUAGGCUGGUUUCCUUUCAUGGUCUAUAGUACGACAUUUGUAGCCGAAGUUCUUAAACGCUACGACACAGUCGCCCGGGAAAGUCUUGAGACUUCUGACGAUGCCCUUGGUGACAUUGCCAGAGUGGGAAGCAUGGCAUUGGUUCUAUUCUCUUGUGUGUCUUUGGCCGCCUCGGUUCUAUUACCCUGGGCGGUAGACUCUCCAGAAUCACGAAAGGGUGUCAAAAGGCACAUUGUACCAAUAAGCUCCUUGGAGCGGCUCUCCGAAAAGAUUGCGCCUUAUAAGCCCAACCUAGCAAACACAUGGAUAUUUGGUCAUAUUAUCUACGCAUUUCUCAUGCUUACAACAAUAUUCAUUGGGACGGUGGGCUCUGCGACAUUCUGUGUCGCGCUCAGCGGAGGGUCUUGGGCGUUAAUGACAUGGGCACCUUUUAGUAUCGUGGGUGAAGAAAUCAACAAGCUCUGUGAGUCUUCCGGAACGGUACAUCGGCCUCGCAGUGGCCCCUACGACCCUGUUGCACAAAAUGAGCUUGAUCAUGAUGUGCAAGAAAUGGAAAUGAUCAGAGCCUCGAUAUCUGCUGAUGCCGCCCCAAUAGUCGCUGAUCCAGAGGUCCAGUCACACGAGUCGAGCGAUCUUGCAGGUGUAUAUCUCGGAAUCAUGAAUGUGUUUUCAUGUCUUCCCCAAUUCGUGGGCUCUUUCAUAUCCUUCGCUGUAUUCUCCAUUCUUGAGCCAGGAAAAAGUCCUGAGUUUUCCGAAGGAGGAAGCUCUGAAGCACCGACCUAUAGGGUAAACGCCAUUGCAGUCUGUAUGGGCAUUGGAGGAAUCGCCACUCUAGUGGCGGCACACUUCACUACGAGGUUUAGGUAUCGUUGAGUUGAGGUGCCUAUUACUGGCAUCGGGACGAAUGUACUGUACAUUACUCUUUGUUUCUCUGGGCGAGGUUGUGGGAAGUAUGUUGCAACAAACUAGAAUACCCAUGGGCGUUUGGGAUAAGCUGCAAGCAGAAUAUCUAUGAUAUUCAAUCAAAUUGGCUUUCAAAGGCCUUGUAGGAGUAUGGCUAUCUUAGGGCAGGCAAGUAUAAUAUUUA